GGAGCCAUCGCUUCGAGUGAACCAGCAUGGCGAGUUAUGCAGAGGCAUCAUCAGGGGUGGACGCGUUAACCCUGGCCAACAUGAUCAUAUCAUCGGCCGGAAACGCCAUGACACACCGCAAGAACUGCGAGCAACUAGCGGAGCACGUGAGGCUGGUAGGGAACCUGUUGGAGCAGAUGAGAUCGACGGACCUGAUGAACUUGCCGGACACGAAGGAGCCGUUGGAUGGCUUAGAGGAGGCACUGAGGAAAGCGCUUGAGCUGGUGGAGAGCUGCAGAGAGAAGAGCUGUCUUUACAUGCUUGCCAAGGGGUGGAAUGCGGUGUAUCAGUUCCGCCAAGUCCAGACUGAGAUCGAUCGUCAUAUUCGUCUCGUGCCGUUGAUUUCAUUGGUCCACGAGUUCCAGAUGCAGAAUAUAAAGGAAGGAUUGCAGGCAAUUGAAGAGGAUGAAAGGGAAUACACCCUUGAAGAAGAGGAUAUUGAGGCCCAAGAUGUUAUACUCAAACCUGAUCGGACAAAGCAAGAUUCGGAGAUCCUGGAAAAGUCGCUCUAUCGUGUGUAUCCGGACCUGCAAUUCCAUGAAGCCCUCAAAGAAGAGAAAGACAAAUUAGACAUCGAAUUGUUGCGGGCACAAACAAAUAACGACCUGGAUCAAUGCCGGUUGAUUGAACAUCUUAUUGAUGUGACAAAAAAUGUUGUCAAUGCGGUUCCUGGUAAGAAGAUUAGGAAACUUCUUGGCAAUGAACCGACUUAUGUGAUAUCAAGGUACAUCUCCAAUGCAAAAGCCAGCUGUGAGGAAUACCCUGGGUUGCCACAGUAUCAAAAUCAAUCACAAUGGCAGGCUGACCUUUUCGAUUGUUGCAAAGAUCCUUGUUUGAGCUUAAAGACCUGCGUAUACCCCUGUGGAACAUUUUCACGAAUGGCUAACUUGUUGUCAAAAGGACAAAUAUCUCAUGAAAGUGCAACCAAUGAUCUAGUUGCAUACUCCCUCUGCUGUGGUUGUUGCUGCUACACUGGCUGUGUGAGAAAGAAACUACGGGAACAUUAUAACAUUGUGGGAAGUUCAAUAGAUGAUUUCUUAACUCAUCUCAUGUGUUGUUGCUGCGCCCUGGUUCAAGAGUGGCGUGAGCUCGAAAUUAGGGGCUUUGAAGGUUGCCAAGGAAGAAAGAUGAUUCCUCCACCAUAUCAAUUCAUGAAGCCUUGAUGAAUCCCAUGUAAAUUCUACAUGUGUACAAGUUGCAGGAACGCAAAUACGGCUACACGCAUAAAGAAUGUAAGAUCUGUAAAGGAUCUAGGAAAAGGUAGUUUAAACGUCCUGCGUUGACUCAUCUGCGCUAUAUGAAAAUGGCAAGGCAAAAUAUAAAUGUGAUUG